AUGGAGCCGAUCUCCGCCGCCGAUAAGUCGGCGCCGACAUCGGCCGACUUUCCCCUUCGGGUGCAAAUGGGUCGCGGUCUCAGCUUCACCUUAGAGUGGAACGACUACGCCGUCCUUCGCGACCAAAAGAAAGAGUUCACCGAGAGAUGCUUUGGACUCGCCAUCAGGUUCGCUUGGUUUGACAUUGGGCGGGACGACCUGCGGUUGUGGGUGCUCGGGAUCGGCCCGCUUCGAUCGGCCAUGAAAGCCGCCGACCAUUCUUGCUUUGCUAAGGCUUUCGACGCCGACAUCGCCGCUAUCCCGCUGAAAUCGACCGGCGGCCCGCUUCCAGGGUCACACUGCAGCGUCAUAGCCAUCCUCUACCCAGGAGAUGUGCUGAAGGCUGAGGGACAGGUCUGCAGGACAUCGAUCCGGCACAUCGACCCGCACACCGGAAAAGGGAAGCACCGCGACGAGGCCGUCCGCGUCCUGAAGCUAUUCCGCACGGCUGCCCUGGCCGAGCUGGGGCGUCCCGGUAGGAAGUGGGACGGGGCGCCGCCAUCACAAGCAGUGGUGGAGGAAAGGCUUGCCGACUGCGACGACCCUAUCCGCGACAAAGUGCCGGGCACAGUGUCGGACGGGCAUGUCGGCACCGGCAUGCUUGCCGCGACGUCGUUCGGGUGGGUGGCCAAGCAGAUCGGCCUGCUGACGGGCGACAAGGCUCGGAGCGCUGUGAGCAUCGAGAACAUCAAGGUCGCGGGUUUGAGGUCGCUCCGUGAUAGCAUGGUCGAUUACAUCUGCCAUCGUGUCGCCGAAAACCGGAUAGCGGCGCCGACUUCAGGCGCCGACGGACCCGCCGAGGGUGCGAUUGAUGACGACGGCGCGGAAAGUCAGACGGCGCCCCAAGCAGCAGCUGCCGCCCAGCGCCAGGAGGACUUGCCGGUGUCCGCGGAAGGAGGAACCGGUGGAGGACUAGGCGACGAUGCGGCAGGCGCAGGGAGGAAGGAAGAGGAGUUGACGGACUCUGGCUCAGAGUCGGAGUCGGAGGGGGAGGAGGAGGACGAAGGGGAGAAGGAGAAUGAGGACGAGGAGGAUGACGAGGGCAAGGACGAGAACGAUGAGGUGGUGGAGGUGGUGGCCGGGAAGGAUGAGGCGGCGCACGAGGAAGGGGUGGAGGAGGAGGUGGAGUACGAGCUGGAGUACGCAGACGGCACGGUUGAGGCGGUGGGGUCGGCGGACGAGAAGAACGAGGAAGCGGAGGAUGGCGAUGCGGGUAAUGCUACGGGGUCGGCAGGUGAGGGGAAGGAAAAGGAUGAGGUCGGCGUGGAGGCAACGACGGAAACGGGCCAGGAGGAGGCGGCAUGCGAAGGUGCGAAGGUGUCGGUCGACGCCGGCGAAGGUGCGAACAUCGCGGGCGUGCAGGAGACGGGGGACGCAUCUGGUCGGCAGGGCCCUGCAACGGACGACGUCGAGGAGCUGCGACGGGAGAACUUGCUGUUGAGGGCGGAGAACGCUCGGCUGCAGGGUUUGCUCGAUGCGGAACGGGCUCGGCUGGACGCGUUUUUUGUUGGGCUACGUGGACUCGUCGACCACCUGAAGGAGUUGGCCGAGCAGGUCGACGACACCGAGAAGUAUGCGGCGGAACAGCUGCGAAACGCGGCGGAGGCCAUGUCGCAGACCAUCACGGGCAACAUCACCGGCAGCUUCGACGAGGCGUGGAAGACGAUGAAGACCUUCGCGGAACAGGCGUCGGCGUGGCUGGAGGACUUCGACAACCCGGAGGGAAAUGUGGCGUAUCAACGCGCCUUAGCGGUCACCACCUUGGCCGACCACGUCGACAAGGUGGUGGGCGAUGCGCAGGAGGAUUUGCGGGAGCACAUCACGAGCCAGUUGUCCGCCGCAGCUGUCAACAUCGCCACAGCUGUGACCGGCAGGCUCCCCGUGCAGCCGCCGCCACCGCCUCAGCCCACGCCGCCCGCCCUCCCGGAAGAGCUCUUGAAGUCGUUCAAGGCCGACAUCAUGAAGACGGUGACGGAGGCCACCGAGCAGUCGUUCGUUGCGUCCGGGAUGAAGAUGUUGACCGAGAUGAUCGGCACGGUGGCGCCUGGUCGACGUGGGUCGUCGCCUUCGGCCAAUGACGCCGACGCCGCGCAACAGAGGGCGGCCGACAAGCAAGGCCUGAAGAGGUCGGGCGACGGUGACGACAAGGAGAGCUCGAAGCGGAGCAAGGGAUCGGACGGGAGCCGCGGCACGAAGCCUCCUGCGCGGAGCGUGGUCGACAUGCUGAAGGCGAAGGGGUGGAAGGUGAGGGGAGGGUCGACCAGCAAGGGAAGCGGAAGCGGGGGGGCGGACGGGAGACCUGCCGACGGGAUCGCGGCUAACGUCGAUGCACCGCCUGGCCCGCCUUUGGACGCCGAGCAGACCCAUCCUCAGGCGAGCGGUGGGAAGGACGCGGCCCCCACUGCCCAGGCGGCGAAAGUCGGAGGCGCCGGAACCACCCAGGGGCCGUCUGACGCGGUGCCGGCCAAGGGCAAGGCGAUGUCUGCGUCUGCUACGGUCGCCGGAACCGGCACGGCGAAGGCUGCCUCUGCUUCAGUCCCCGGAACCGGCAAGUCGAAGGCUGCUUCUGCUACGGUCGCCGGAACCACCAAGUCGAAGGCUGCUUCUGGUACGGUCGCCGGAACCACCAAGUCGACACCAUGUAACCCGCCUGCGGCAACCACCGGGCCCGCCGGCCAGUCAGGUGCGGGGAAGCAUGGGGAGGCCCGUGCGGCCCCUCCAGCUCCAGCAGCCCCUACUGCCGCCAAGGUCGACGCGAAGGCUGCUUCGGCACAGGGGCCACCCGGGAGUAACGCGCUUAGGGUGUUGCUCCACCGCAUGGAGUCCCACCGCCCGGGCGCGCAGCAGCAUCCUGUGGUCGACGCCGGCCUCGCAGAAACAGCACGUCGCUCCGUCACUCCGCACGUUGCCGGCAAACCGUCCGAUGCCCAAUCUGCCGCGCGGCCGGUCGCCGCCCCACCGCCUGCGGACCCCAAGUCCGCCUGUGGUCGAUCUGGCGGCGGAGAGGGGAGUCAGUGCAGCGCUAGCCACCGGCGGCCGCGCGCCAACAGGCAUGCCGCCCUCGAAUCCGUCCUGGCCCAGUUUGAGGCAGCAAAACGGCCCGAGCAUGCCCCGGCACUGGCCAUCGUGGACACGGCGCAUGCGGAGCCGUCGGCGACCAACACAGGGGGUUCGGCGGAGCCGACGGCCGCAACGGGUGUUGUCGCCGAGGGAAAUGCGGGACGGAAGGGUAAGGACGACACCGGGAAAGGGAAGGCGGUGUCGGCGGGGAAGGAGAUGGCGGAAGACAAAGGGAAGAAGCCGGCACGGAAGACGGGCGGCAAGGGUAAGUCGGCAAAGAAGAAGGAGGAGGAGGAGAAGGAGGAGGAGGAGGAGGAGGAGGUGGGGGAGGGGGAAGAGCAUGGACGCCGGGGUCAUGGCAUCCGCCGAGACAGGUCUGGCGACGGGCAGGGGUGGGUGGGCGAGAUGAAGUUCAAGAACCAGAAUCGGUACAUCGGCAAGUCCCGCGACAAGAUGGAGCUGGCCUACGAGCACGCGAUUGCGUACUUCGUCUACGACGGCUACGUGAGCAAGGUGCUCAUGAAGGAGCUCACCGCCUUGAAGCCGGGAGAGUUGGAUGAAUGGAAGGCGGUGUGGGAGGAGGUCAAAAUCCUGCCGACCGGGAUGUGGACGGUGAUGUGGGCCAGAGGCUUGUGCCAUCCGAGACCAAGGUUCGACGACAUACUCGGCAGGUUCCGUGGGUACGCAGGUUCGGGUGAUGCGCUUCAUGGCGUGCUCUGGCCGGCGAUGUGGUUCCCCAUCAUCGAGGACACGGAGGAAGGCAGGGCGGAGACAAAUGCCAACAUGUCGGCGAUGGUGAAUCGCGUGUCGAUGUGCGCGGCGUAUGGAAAGGUCGCGGCGAGAGUCGCGUAUGGGAAGGUCGACGGGAGCGCGGAGGCGACCGCGGGAGAGACGACGGAUAUGGAAGGCGCGGACAGGAAGGCGGACGAGAAGGUGCAGAUGGGGGCCCAGGCGUUAGCGGCCUCUGCAUGCGCCCUCUGGUGCUACAUGUCGACGCCGGCGUCGGUGCUCGGUGCUGUGGGCGAAGGUAAGGCGGCCGCGAUUCUGGCAGGUGCGGGGAAGGAGAGGGGCGAGCACUUCGCGAACGUCAUGCACGUGGUUAUCGAACACGCACGCACUCGGCAGGCUCCCGCGGGGGAGGUUGCACAUAACGUCGCGCCAGAGCUGCAGCGCUAUGGAGUGGCCAGGGCCUUCGAGGCGGGCAUUGAGGAAGACGAGGCCGACAUGAUCGCAAGAGCGACGGUCGAGACCUUGGCGUUCUGGGGAAUGUGCCCCCUCGACGGGCCCAAGCUCAAAGCGGAGGGCAUCGAUGUGCCGUGUGACGCGAAGAUGGAGUACGACUUGGAUCACAGGGGGAGGAAGGGGGAGAAGGUCAAGCAGGCCAAGGGCAGCAAGAGGAAGAGGUAG